AUGUCCGACUACGGCGACGACGCUGGUGGCGACACCUACGACUACGAGCCUCACGAGGAGGUUUUCGAGGAAAAUGAGCCCGAAGACUUGAUCGACCAGGAGGGUUUCGAGGACCACGAGGGCGGCGAGGGAGAUGAUUCCUACCAGCCGGCCGUCAAUGGGGAGAACGUCGUUGUCUCCGGUGACCCCAACUCUGGAUAUUCGGGCAAAUUGAUGGAACAAUCGCGCGAGAAGAAGGUUCCCAAUGCUCAGCGCACGACCACCCCGUACUUGACCAAGUACGAGCGCGCGCGUGUGCUCGGCACCCGAGCUCUGCAGAUUAGCAUGAACGCCCCCGUACUCGUCGAUCUCGAGGGUGAAACCGACCCUCUGCAGAUUGCCAUGAAGGAAUUGAACCAGAAGAAGAUCCCUCUGAUCGUGCGGCGGUAUCUGCCUGACGGAUGGUACGAGGACUGGUCCGUCGAGGAGCUGCUGUAA